AUGGGUGGCGGGGGAGCUAUGAGGACGGCGGCGAAGAUCGCCGGCAUCGGCGUUUCUAGGUCGGGCCUCCGGGGUUCGACGGCGGCGCUCCCGACCGAGCAAUCGGUCCGUAAUGCGUCUCGAUCCUCGUCGGUCGCUGGAGUGUCGUCGCAGGGAGCGAAGACCGCCGAGGUUGCGCCGCUGCAGGCGUCAGUGCCCUGGGACGAUUGGGACUUGGCCGACGAUGGCGAUUUGGAUGUGCCGAGGAUGGUGUUCGGUUCUUCCCCCACUUUCGAGGAAGCUGAGGAAGCCACCACAGAAUUGAAGCACGCUAUUGACCAAGUAUAUCUUUCUCCCGAUUCUUCGAAAUAUUCAUCUCCUGGUGGUGAAGGCUCUACUCUGUCUCCUACUCUUUAUGAGCCAGUGAACAGAUCUUGUGUCAUUGAUGCUAUUUCAAAUCCUUUAGUUCCAAAGCAUGCUAUUCAGGCUUUUCAUUUGCUUAGCACAAGUCCUGAAGCGCAGACUGUCGUGGCUUCACUUGCUUCUGAUCCAAAUGUAUGGAAUGCAGUCAUGGAAAAUCCUGCUGUCUGCAGGUUUUUCCAAUCACAACAGACAGUGACUGAUUUUGGAGCAGAGGAAGCUACUGAGGAAGUGGAAAAGUUAUCAACUUGUGCUUCUGAAGCAGUUGAAACAUCUGAGAAAAUGGAAACCACGGCCGAGUCUGAACCGGGAAGCGUGUUUUUCGAUUUCAUGGGCCUUCUGGAGAACUUAAAGCUUACAGUUACUGAAUUGGUAAGUAGGGUGUCUGGUUUCCUUCAGAACAUAUUCCCAUCACCUGAUACUCAGAAAAUGGCUGCCGAUGCUGAUGGGAACACUAAAUCAAGUUACAUGCAAGGAACCUUCAUAGGUUUGGCAGUGUUGGUGAUAAUGGUGAUAGUGACAAAGAGAGCUUAG